AUGGCUGAAGAUGCCGCCAGUGGUGGUUGGAGCACCAUCGAAUCAGACGAAGGUGUCUUCACCUCUCUGAUCGAACAGCUGGGAGUCAAGGACGUGCAGGUUGAAGAGCUAUUCUCACUGAACGCAGAUUGGAUCCGUGCUCUGAGUCCCGUCUACGGCGUCAUCUUCCUCUUCAAAUGGAUCGGCCAAGGUUCAGAAAAUAAAAGUGCGCCUCAAGAUGGCUCCUACGAUCGUACCGCAGUCGAGGACGAGGGACUCUUCUUUGCCGCCCAGACGAUACAAAACGCCUGUGGUACGCAGGCUGUUCUCUCAGUGGUUUUGAACAAUGACAAGUCGGUCGACGGCGCUUCGUCGGGGACGGAUGGGGGAGGAGCAAGAAUUGACAUCGGACCUGCCCUACAAGAGUUCAAAGAGUUCACGACGGGCUUUGACCCGGGGCUGCGCGGAGAAUCGCUCUCAAACUCGGAAAUGAUACGGACUGUACACAACAGCUUCGCGAAAUCUAGCCCGUUUGUUGACGAGACUCUACGUGACCCCAACGCGGGAACCGAAGACGUGUUUCACUUCAUUGCGUACACGCAAUACCAUGGCAAACUGUACGAGCUCGACGGGCUCCAACCCUAUCCCAUCUCUCAUGGCGACUGCACCUCGGACGAAUUCCCGGACAAGAUCAUGUCUGUGUUGCAAAGGAGGAUUUCGAGAUACCCAGAAGAUGAGAUCCGCUUCAACCUCAUGGUCGUGUGCCAAGAUCAGAGGAUCAAGUGGCGCGAACUCCAGGAGCCCGGGCUGCUUGCGGAGGAGGAACGAAAGCGAGAAAAAUGGGAUUUUGAAAACGCACUUCGACGGCACAACUUUGUGGGCUUUACGGAGGAAGUGCUCAAGGGGGUGGUCAAGAUGAAGAUUCAAGAUGGAACCUAUGAUGCGUGGAUAGACCAAGCGAAACAGGCGACGGAGAAGAGAAUGAGGGAGAAGCUGAGCCAUGGUGCUACGUGA